GGAGGCAGGUGGGGUUGACUUAAAGGACGGUAUAAAGUGAGAGGUUGUCAGUCAAGCUGCCAGUAGUUCGUUCUUUCUGUAUCAUUUCAAAGAUGAGGAGCUACGCGUGUAUAUUGGUGCUUAGUGCAUUCACCUUUUCUGCACACGCACAAGAAAACUUCAAAUGUCCUGAUGAUUUUGGCUUCUAUCCUCACCAUACCUCCUGCGAUAAAUAUUGGAAAUGUGACAAUAACGAAGCAGAGCUGAAGACUUGUGGAAACGGUUUGGCUUUCGAUGCCAGCGAUUCUAAAUAUUUGACGGAAAACUGCGACUACAUUCACAACGUAGACUGUGGCGACAGGACACAGCUUGAACCACCAAUAGCUGCAGGACACUGUGAACGUUUGUAUGGUAUUUUUGCCGAUCCUGUCAAGUGCGACGUGUUCUGGAAUUGUUGGAACGGUGAAGCUUCCCGAUACCAAUGUUCCCCCGGUUUAGCAUACGACCGUGAAGCUAGGGUCUGCAUGUGGGCUGACCAAGUACCAGAGUGCAAGAGCGAAGAAGUUGCUGGAGGAUUCUCUUGUCCAGCCGCUGGGGAAGUAACAAACACCGGUUCAUUCUCCAGACAUGCCCACCCAGACGACUGCCGUAAGUACUACAUCUGUCUGGAAGGUCAAGCCCGUGAAUACGGUUGUCCAAUUGGCACAGUAUUCAAAAUUGGAGAUGCUGAUGGUACCGGUAACUGCGAAGACCCAGAAGAUGUACCUGGAUGUGAAGACUACUACGGUGACUUGGAUCUCAAGACAAUUAGAAAGAGCGAACUGUUAGCUGGUCUAAGCGGUAGCGGCUCUCAAAGGGCCACACAUUCAGCUGGAUCUCCCCCAAAAUCAAAACAGCCACGACCAACGUCAUCUGCUACGCGGAAUGCUCCUGAAUCCUCAGAUAGAGAUAACUAAUAAAAUUUAUAGGUUAGGAUAGACCACCUCGAGGUAACAGUUCUCUGGCUAGCAAGCCAAAAAGAACCCUGUCGGACUAAAAACCAACAAACCAAAAUGUUGAUCCACUUAUCAGUUCGAAUUUGAAUGCAUUGGGAAAAAUAUCCUCUACAAAAUUGUUUGAACGGCCUUUUCAAACCAUCACAUUUCAGUUUCGGUAUCAAAAACAAAAAGUUCCUGAUGAUGAAAUCAAUUGUUGUAACACUUAUUGUAACGAAGGAUUUCAUGUAUUUAUUGCGUCAUUCUCGUAGUUUUUAGUUAUGAAAUUUGUUGAAAAAUUCGUUUUAUAUAUGAUUUUAAAAAAACGUUUUUUUAGUUAAAUAUUGUAAUUUUUUAAUAAACUGAAAUGUAUAA